CGUGAAGCAAGACGAUGGAAAAGGACUGCGUAAUCUCUCAGAUUUCCUUUUCCAGUGCGAAACAGCCAUGUCAACUCUGAGCCAGUUAAAGGUUCUUGACGACCCAGCCGAGCACAAGAAAAUUAUAGAGAAGCUACCGAGGCAGGUGCAGGGUCGUUGGCUUCGUUUUGUCGACCAGUGCAUGUAUGGCCAGAAGGAUGCAGAGGAAGGUGACUACCCGCCCUUUGCCGAGCUGUGCAAAUUCAUCGCAAAGGAGGCUCGCAUUGCCUGUAGCCCCUUUCACCAAAACCGAUGGACGAGAAGAGGGAAUUGACAAAAUUUGUCAAACCUACCAAGUCGGGAACAGCCACGACAUUUGCCUCAAAGGCAGAUGAGCUCACAACGAAGAAGAAGACUAGCCCCCUAAAGGGCAACACCCCCCCUUCACCCAAUGCAAACAAGGCAUCAACAUGUCCCCUCUGCAAGAGCCAACAUCAACUCGAUUCCUGUAGCAGUUUUGCAGCCAUGAGCCUUAGUGAAAGGCAUGACCUCAUCAAGAAGAGCGGCCUUUGCUUUGGAUGCCUCAAAUGGGGUCACAGAAGUCGCGAGUGUCGCCACAAGAAGCAGUGUGCAGUCUGUGGGCGCUCCCACCCUACUUUGCUGCACGACUUCUCCAAGUCCACUCCAGAUGUGCAGACCAAAGAUGACACCGAUGACAAAGAAGUGGUUGUUGUUCAAUCUACCACACAUCGAGUGCAGACACUUGACGUCGGAGAAAAUUGCUCACACACUCUCAUCGUUCCCGUCGUCGUUCAUCACAUCAAAGAACCCUCUGCGAAGGUGAUAGUAUACGCCCUAUUAGAUGAACAUUCCGAUUCUUGCUUCGUCUCAGAUUGGACACUAGAAAGGCUCGGAAUCGAUGGAGAGGCAGUCCAGCUGAGUCUGUCUACAAUAUUAGCGAAGGGCACUAUAUCAUCCAGAAAGGUGCAUGGCCUAACUGUCAAGGGAUUGUCCGAGGACACCGAGAUACAAUUACCAGGCGCCUACUCCAGAGAAUCUAUCAAUGCAAACCGUGAGCAGAUUCCGAAGUUGGACACCGUGAAGGAGUGGCCUCACUUGAAACGAGUCGCCAACCUGCUACCUCCCUACCUGAGUGAAACCGAGAUCGGACUUUUGAUUGGCUGCAAUGCAACUCGCGCAAUCAAGCCGAGAGAUGUCGUCCAUGGAGAGGAAGAUGCCCCAUAUGCAGUCAGAACAGCCCUUGGAUGGGGAGUGAUAGGAAUGAUGCGUCAUGACAACGGUGGCAACAAUGUUUGCAGAAUUUCGAAUGCAUCAAAGGAGCAACAAGGCCACUUCGCCUUUCGCACCCAGGUGAAAGAAGUCAGCCCCCUCCAAGUCACAAAAAUGUUCGAGAUGGACUUCAUCGGGAAAGACACCGAAGAAAUGGUUUCCCACGAUGACCGAAAGUUCAUGCAGAAGAUGAAGGAUGGCAUCCACAGACGUGAUGAUGGCCACUUUGAGAUGCCCCUCCCACUCAAAACAGAUGUCCAGCUCCCCAACAACAAGCCAGUAGCUCUGAAGAGGCUCAACAAGCAAAAAAUGAAGAUGUUGAGCAACCAAAAAUAUCGAGAUGAUUACAAGACCUUCAUGGAAAACAUCAUCGAAAAGGGCUACGCAGAGAAGGUUCCGGACGAGGAACUUGACCUGGACAACAAGGCCGUAUGGUACAUACCUCAUCACGGGGUAUACCAUCCCAAGAAACCAAACAAGAUCAGAGUCGUCUUCGACUGCAGUGCUGAAUACGAGGGUGAAGUGUUGAAUCGACACCUACUGCAGGGACCCGAUAUGACCAACAAUCUUGUUGGGGUUCUUUGCCGAUUUCGGAAGGACCACGUCGCCUUCACCUGUGACAUCGAAGGCAUGUUUCAUCAAGUUGGCGUCAACGUGGAAGAUCGCAACUACCUGAGAUUCUUGUGGUGGCCAGGAGGUGACAUGAACCAGUCCCCAAAUGAAUAUCGAAUGACGGUUCACUUGUUCGGCGCUACCUCUUCCCCAGCUUGUGCAAAUUUUGCACUGAAGUGUGCUGCUGAUGCGUACGAAGAUAGUUGUGGGACGGCGGCAGCCGACUUCAUACGGAAGGACUUCUACGUCGAUGAUGGACUAAAGUCAGUCCCAACUUCCGAUGAAGCCCUGAAGUUGAUAGAAGACAGCAGACGGCUGUGUCAGAAGAGUGGAUUUCACCUUCAUAAGUUCAUCUCCAAUGACAAGGUGGUUGUGAAUUCCAUACCUCUCAGUGAACGAGCCAAGGAUGUUCAGAACGUUGACGUGUUCUCAGAAGGCCUUCCCAUCGAGCGUACUCUAGGUGUACAGUGGUGUGUUGAAUCCGAUGCUUUCCAGUUCAGAGUCCACUUCAACGACAAACCACCCACUCGUCGCGGCAUCAUGUCGAGCGUCAGCUCCAUAUUUGAUCCACUUGGUCUGGUAGCACCAGUCCUGCUUGUUGGAAAACGCAUUCUCCAAACCUUGUGUCGUGAUGGGUAUGCAUGGGACGACCCAAUCUCAGAGGAAAUCAGAUCAGAGUGGGAGAAAUGGAGGAACGACAUCCUGCAAUUGGCAACACUGAAUAUCCCACGAUGCUACAAGCCUGAGAAGUUUGAUGUCAUCAAGUCAGCAGAACUGCAUCACUUCUCCGAUGCCAGUACCGAAGGCUAUGGUCAGUGUAGCUACUUGCGACUGAUAGACGACAAAGGAAAUGUAUGUACAACUCUGGUCAUGGGAAAGUCCAGAGUAACUCCUUCGAAGCCAGUUACCAUCCCUCGACUGGAACUUACAGCAGCCGUCAUCUCGGUGAAAGUCAGUACUUUCCUCAUGAAGGAACUAGAGUAUAGCGAUGUGACUCAGUUCUACUACACUGAUAGCAGAGUCGUACUCGGGUAUAUUGCCAAUGACAGCAAGAGGUUCCACAUAUUCGUCGCCAACCGCGUGCAGAAGAUCAGAGAUCACACCACACCUGAAGAUUGGCGACAUGUUGACACUAAAACUAACCCAGCAGAUGCAGCUUCCCGAGGUCUUUCUGCCGAGUCGCUCAUCAAGAGCAAACUCUGGUGGAGUGGUCCAGGUUUCCUGCAAGAAAGAGAAACCCCUCCACCUGACACUGAGUACGUGGAGCCAAGUUCAAACGACCCAGAGGUGAAGAAGGCAUCUGCAUUCAAUGUCCAAACCGAGGCCUCCAACUACCCGAGCAUGCUUGAAAGAUUCCAGUCCUACUCAAACUGGUUUCGCCUGAAACGUGCAGUAGCAUUGUGCCAACGCUACAUGAAGAAGCUUAGAGAUCGCUGCUUCAAAACAGCUACUACUGCACCUGAUGCCAACACCCCCCUCACUGUAGACGAACUCCAGCAUGCAGAACGACUGAUACUGAGGCUAACUCAAGAGGAAGCAUUUCCAAAGGAAAUUCGAGCCCUCAGCAAACCCGAUGGUCUUCCUAAUGGCGAGCAGCAAGGCCCAGGAAACCCCCUGAACAAGAGCAGUCCUCUGUAUAUGCUUGACCCAGUCAUAGAUGAAACGAAGCUGUUGAGAGUCGGUGGACGCAUCAAGCAAGCCAAAGCACCUAAAGAGAUCAAGCAUCCCAUCUUGCUUCCACGUCAUGGCCACGUGACUGACCUGGUGAUUGAACACUACCAUGUUCAGAGUUGUCACUUAGGCCGUGGCAUGACACUGAAUAGCAUUCGCCAAGCUGGCUUUUGGAUUCUGGGGGCAAGAUCAGCUGUUACCAGCCAUAUUUGGAAGUGCGUGACCUGCCGCAAACUCAGACGUGCUCCCUGUGAGCAGAAGAUGGCAGAACUACCCAAGGACAGAUUGGAUCCAUCCGCACCCUUCACCUAUAGCGCUGUAGACUACUUUGGUCCCUUCAUGAUUAAAGAAGGACGAAAGGAGCUAAAAAGAUGGGGGGUCAUCUUCACCUGUAUGGCAUCCCGCGCAGUCCAUAUCGAGACAGCUAAUUCGCUGAACACCGACUCCUUCUUGAAUGCCUACCGCAGAUUCACAUGUAGAAGGGGUCCAGUGAGACAACUCCGCUCCGAUAGAGGCACAAACUUCAUCGGUGGAAAGAAUGAACUGGACGCUGCCCUAGCCGAGAUGGAUCAACCCAAGAUUUCUCAAGAGCUGCUAAAGGACAGUUGUGAUUGGGUGACAUUCAAUAUGAACGUUCCCACAGCCAGUCACAUGGGAGGCACUUGGGAAAGGCUCAUCCGUUCAAUCAGACAGGCGCUCUCAACAUUGCUGCAGAAACAUGGGCAACAACUGGAUGAUGAGCUCUUGAGGACCCUCAUGACCGAGACUGAAGCAAUUGUGAACAGCCGACCUCUCACCUACGUUGACAUGGUGGCCCCAGAUUCAGAAGAGCCCCUCACGCCAAGCCAACUGCUAACGCUGAAAAGCAAGGUAGUUCUCCCUCCGCCAGGAGUCUUCAUCCAACAAGAUCUUUAUUGCCGACGCCGAUGGCGCAGAGUCCAGUACCUUGCCAACCAGUUCUGGUCACGUUGGAAGACUGAGUAUUUGUCGACCCUACAAGAGCGGAAGAAGUGGCAGAAGGCUCAGCAGAAUCUGGAGAUAGGCAACAUUGUCAUGAUGGUCGACGACCCCACUCCCCGAUGCCAGUGGCAACUCGCUCGCGUGGUUGAGACGUACCCAAGCUCAGACGGUCACAUCAGGAAGGUCAAGCUCCAAACUGGUCGAUCUGUCUUCGAGAGGCCUAUCCAUAAGGUUGUACUACUGUUGGACCAGGGACGCCCCGACGAGGAGCCAAAUGCCUGA